CCUGUGUGUUAGUCUAUUGGCAGCAGCGGUGGUGGCAGCGGUGGUGGUGAUCUGUGGGUUGCUUGACGUCGUCGGUCGGUCGGCGCUCGCUCGAUCGGUCGGUUGCUUGGUUAGUUGGGCGAAGGAGGAGGCCAGCUUGCUGUUCAACAACUUUAGAAUAAGCUACUGCAAAUCCCUGCUCGAGUGAGUCAGUCAGUGUCCACAGAGCGGGAUUUUGAGCCUCCGAUCGAGCCUACCCUGUGUCAGAACUCCGAGAGGAGUCGGGAAGCCGAGACCAUCCAAGACGAACGAACGCACGGUCGGACUGCGGAAAAAGGUUCAACGUUCGCAUAACCAGCAGGCAUGUCUGGGGAAGGAGACCUCAAUGUAGACUCGGUAAUCUCGCGCCUGCUGGAAGUCCGAAGUUCCAGGCCUGGUAGAGCGGUUCAACUGAGCGAAGCCGAGGUUCGAGCGCUGUGUUUGAAGUCCAGAGAAUUGUUCCACUCGCAACCUAUCCUUCUGGAACUUGAGGCACCGCUUAAAAUCUGUGGCGAUAUUCACGGACAGUAUACCGAUCUGCUAAGACUCUUCGAGUACGGCGGCUUCCCUCCAGAGGCGAACUAUUUGUUUCUCGGUGACUAUGUCGACCGUGGGAAGCAGUCUCUGGAAACAAUAUGUUUACUGCUUGCGUACAAGAUCAAAUAUCCAGAGAAUUUCUUCCUGCUCCGGGGCAACCACGAAUGUGCAUCCAUCAAUCGCAUUUACGGAUUCUACGACGAAUGCAAACGCAGAUACAACGUCAAGUUAUGGAAGACGUUCACCGACUGCUUCAACUGUCUCCCGAUCGCUGCUAUCGUAGAUGAGAAAAUCUUCUGUUGCCAUGGCGGCCUCUCCCCGGACCUACAAAACAUGGAGCAGAUCCGUCGCAUCAUGAGACCCACCGACGUUCCGGACACAGGCUUACUCUGCGAUCUUCUGUGGUCGGACCCCGACAAAGACGUCCAGGGCUGGGGAGAAAAUGACCGCGGGGUGUCAUUCACUUUCGGCGCCGACGUCGUCUCGAAAUUCCUAUCGAGACACGACCUCGACCUCAUCUGCCGUGCUCACCAAGUGGUGGAGGACGGUUACGAAUUUUUCGCCAAGAGGCAACUCGUCACGCUCUUCUCCGCUCCCAACUACUGCGGGGAAUUCGACAACGCGGGCGGUAUGAUGAGCGUCGACGAAACGUUGAUGUGCUCUUUCCAAAUACUGAAACCCUCAGAAAAGAAAGCCAAGUAUCAGUACCAGGGUCUGAACUCGGGAAGACCGGUCACACCGUCGCGGGGUCCAGUCAAAAAGAAGUGAUGAUCGACUCGCUCGCUAGCUAGCUCGAAAGAGUAGCUCGCCUCAACUACGUACGAAACCCCAGCGAAACUCAGCGAGGAUCAAGACCAGCAUCUCAUCAAAAUCUGGCGUCCAGCCGGGCCCGGCCGGCGACAAACGACCGAGCCCUCGUUGUAUAUAGGAACGAAGCACCCCGACCGAUGGUCUGUUCAUACUAGUACCGAGCUCUCACCCUGAUUAAUUCACCACCGACGACGACGACAAUAUCCGUUCAAUGUUGUGGCAUUCUUUGUUUUUCCCUCUCUUCGACUGCUGGCAAGUUUAUGGCGAAUACAAGUU